UGUUCAUUUCUUGAGCUACUCAAAAUGGAAGAGAGUAAAGUUGAGGGAGAUAGUCAUCAUUCAGCACCACGGAAGCAUUAUCAUGUGUUCCUCAGUUUCAGAGGAAAAGAUACGCGCAGGAGUUUUACUGACCACUUGUAUGCUGCGUUGCUACGAAAAGGGAUCGUUACUUUUAAGGAUGACAAAGAACUUGAGAGAGGACGAGUCAUCUCGGAGGAACUCAUGAAAGCUAUCGAGGGCUCUCUGUUUGCUAUUGUGAUUUUAUCCGAAAACUAUUCUUCUUCCUCAUGGUGUCUGGAUGAGUUGCAGAAGAUUGUGGAAUUUAAGGAGGAUUUUGGCCUCAUAGUUUUUCCAGUAUUUCAUGGCGUCAAUCCGUCUGAUAUACGACACCAGAAAGGAAAAAUUGGAAAAGCUUUUGAGAAACAUGAAGCCAAAUUUGCACAAGACAAAGAAAAGGUGCAGCGAUGGAAAAAAGCUUUGACUCUUGUCAGCAACUUUGGUGGCUGGGACACCAAUGAUCGGCAUGAAGCGGAUAUCAUUGAAGAAAUCGUUGCAGCAUUAUGUAGUCGACUGUGUGUUCAGAUGCCAUCUAAGUUUGAUCACUUAGUUGGAAUUCAAUCCAAGGUAAAAAAGAUGAUGUCUCUUCUAAGAUUAGGUUUAGAUGAUAAAUGCUUCGUUGGCCUAUGGGGAAUGGGUGGAAUUGGUAAAACAGCCCUUGCAAAAGCUGUUUACGAGACAAUUAAGUGCAAGUUCAAUACUUAUUGCUUUCUUGCAAAUAUCAGGGAGGAAUCAGAAAGAAUAGGUUUAGUUGGCUUACAAAGGAAACUUCUUUCUCGUGUCCACCAAAACAAUAUUGAGAUCAAUGACUCAGACGAAGGAACGGUUGCAAUAAGACACUUUUUAUCCAAUGAAAAAGUUCUUAUUGUUCUCGAUGAUGUGAGUCACAUAAAUCAACUGGACAAUUUGGUCGGAGACAAAGAUUGGUUUGGUGAUGGAACAAGAAUCGUAGUAACUACUAGAGACUUGCACUUAUUGGUGUUGCAUGGCCAAUUCACUGAGUACAAGAUUAGAACUUUGAGUAACCGACGCAGCCUUAAGCUCUUGUGUCAAAAAGCGUUUAAAAAGGACGAACCUGAGGAAGGUUAUCGAAUGUUGUCGGAAAAAAUAGUUGAAUAUUGUGGUGGUCUUCCUUUGGCACUUCAAGUGUCAGGUUGGUUUCUCUGUAAGAGAAGUCAACGUGAAUGGAGAGACACGUUGAAUAUGGUGAAGCAAAAUUUGCACAAGGAUGUUCUCAAAACACUUCAAUCAAGUUAUGAUGAAUUAGAAUACGAAGAACACAAAGCAAUGUUCUUAGAUAUUGCUUGUUUCUUCAAAGGAAAAGAAAGAGUUGAAGUGAUGAGAAUAUUAGAAAACUGUGGUCUUCACCCCACAAUUGGAAUCGACGUCCUUAUUGAAAAAUCCUUGAUAAGCCCCAAGUCCUGGGGCAGUGGCAAAGGUUGUCUACACAUGCAUGUUCUUCUUGAACAGAUGGGAAAGAGCAUUGUCAUGCAAGAAUCUCCAAAAGAUGCUUCUAGACGCAGCAGGUUGUGGUCUCGAGAAGAAGCUGAUAAUGUGUUGAAAGGAAAUAAUGGAACAGAAGCUAUUCAAAGCAUAGUCUUGAACUUGGAAGAACCAUACAUGGCAGAUUGGCACCCAGAUUGCUUCUCAAAUAUGAGUAAUCUAACAUUGCUUUACCUAAGUAAUGUGCACAUUUUGCAUUGUCUGAAUUUUCUUCCUAGUUCUCUGAAGGUUCUUAUAUGGGAUAGAUAUCCUUUGGAAGCUCUGCCACAUAAUAUUAACCAAUUAGGUGAACUUGUAGAGCUUACAUUGCAUCAAAGCAAAAUCAAACAACUUUGGAACGGAACACAGUUGUUAGGUAAACUGAAGUUGAUCAAUCUGAGUUAUUCUGAGGAUUUGAUUCAGACGCCAGAUUUCAAUGGAGUUCCAAAUCUUGAAUGCUUGCUUCUUGAAGGUUGUAAGAGCCUAUUUAUGGUUCAUGAAUCUCUUGGGCAGCAUAAGAAACUGGUAAAGUUGAAUUUGAAGGACUGCACAAGCCUGAGAAUCCUCCCCAGAAAGUUGGAGAUGAAUUCUCUGGUGGAGCUUCUUCUUUCUGGAUGCUCAAAACUUCAGAAGCUUCCCAAAUUUGGAGAAAAUAUGAAAAAUCUGUCCACAUGCGAUGUGAGUGAGACCAAUAUAAGAAAAGUACCUUUCUCCAUCAUUCAUCUGACAAAUCUCAAAGAGCUAUCUCUUCAUGGAUACAAAGGGCCAUAUUCCUUCUCACUCUCUGGAUUCUCUUCCUUGAAAAAAUUGGAUUUAAGCUUCUGCAACUUGUGGAAUCCAUCAAUCCCUCAUGAUCUGCGAGGCUUAUCUUCAUUGAUAGAGUUGGAUUUAAGGGGAAACCAGUUCUCUAAUCUACCUUCUGACUCCAUCUCUAAUCUUCUCAACCUUGAACGCCUUUAUCUCAGUGACUGUGCGAGGCUUCAAUCACUUCCCAAGCUUUCACCAAACUUAAUUAGAAUAUUUGCAAGUUGCUGUCCUUCAAUGAAACCCUUAAAAGACAUGCAACAUCUAGUUUCAUCACUUGUCUGCAAGCGUCGUAGUGAUCUUCUACAUGAGGUAAUUUUCUUGCGUGUGCCUGGGGAUAAAAUCCCAACUUGGUUUAAAGAGAAAGAACAUUGUGUACAUUAUGCUUCUCACGAGUUUGAGGCAAAUAUAGCUAUAAAAGUAGACACUUCUGAUAAUGAUGAGAGGCAAUGGUGGGGAAUUGCAGUGUGCCUUGUGCUGAGAAAAAGAAAGGCAUCAUUUUUCUGUAUAAGAAGCGAUCUACGUUGGGGUUUCAAAGAUCCUAACGAAGAAGAAAAACAGGUCAAGAAAUCACUGUUUGGGAGUGCAGAUUCAAAUCCUCAUCUCUGUAUAGCAAUUUUUCCCUUUAAUAAUUUGAGUUAUAGGCAACAAUGUCAUCUAAGAGGGAAAAGUCAGGCUCAGCUUCAACUACAUUUGAGAAUUUGUGGAGGUUUGAAUGUAGAAGUGCACUGUGGAUGGCGCAUAAUAUGUAAGAAUGAUUUUUUUGAAGGGUAAAUUGUAAAUUAGGAAGUGCCAUUUACAUGCAAGCAGUAGCAUGCAGGCUGAGCAUAUAUUGGCUAUGAAAUUGAAAAGUGAUAUGCUUUGUGACUUUGAUUAUUGAUAUAUUGUGAAUUAUGUGUGGGUAAUUUGUUGAUUAA